CCUUCCCUCCCUACUUCUAACUUGUAAUAAACACCAACAUGAGAUCGAUUUCCUCCACAGCACCAACCACUACACCAUCUUCGUCGUCGUUGUCGUCCACGUCCACAUGGCACUCGCCGGUUCCUUACCUGUUCGGAGGGCUAGCGGCCAUGCUGGGCCUCAUAGCCUUCGCCCUCUUCAUCCUGGCCUGCUCUUUCUGGAAGCUAACUGCCAUUCAUUCCAACGACCACGAAGAAGAACAAGAAAGUUCCAUGGAGAGGAACCUGGCGACAAAAGAAGCUGAUGAAGGAACCAACAAGGAGCAAGUGAAGCCUUACGAAGACAAGAUUCUUGUGAUUAUGGCCGGACACGAUAAGCCUACUUUCUUGGCCACUCCUACCUCCGCCAAAUGCUCCUCUUCUCCCAACCAGGGGCCCGCUACUAAUAACAAUUCUGCUAAACACAUUCUCAAUGAAGAUAAAACCCAGAAAGAAAUAAUGGACAAUAAUAAUGUUGAACAUCAACAGCACCGGCUACAGACACAACAGAGCCAGUAGGAAUAAUAAUAUAGCUUCUUUUCAUUUUUUAUUUCUUUUUCGGUGCCUUCUUUGAUUCGGAAUUGUAAAUUAGUCAAAUUCAAAAGCUGAAAUGAAUUAGAUUUGAGAGGUUUUCUCUUUUCAUCUAA